GCUGGCGUGAGCAAUACCGAGAUUGUUAGCAAUCUGUACCUUAGCGUUUUAUCAAGAUUUGCUUCUUAGAGUCAAUAUGUGAAAAAGCAAUGGUGUCUACUUCCCGAAAAAUCCCAGUCUUCUUGGUGACGGGCCAGACCGGCAGCGGGAAGUCUGCGCUGAUUGCACAUUUGAUACGUGCUUUGCCAAAGCAGACAAAGGCGCUGCUCAUCCGUCAUCGCCAUGCGAAGAGCGCUAUGCUGGAGUCCUUCCCGGCACCUGAGGAGUACACCGCGGCAACUACACAAACUACAGAGCUGCAGGAAACAAACGUGCUGUAUCACGUGGCACACUUUUCCGAGGUGUACGACUUUGGCUCUGGUUGCGCGUGCUGCGCACCCGAUGGCGACCUUAUGCGACAAUUGUCGGAGGUUGCUGGAGAGUUCAGCAGAUCUGAACUUGCGUCAAAUAAUCAUGCAGAAUUGGACCACUUUGUUCUGUUCAUGGAAACCACCGGAUUAGCGGAUCCAAAGCCGUUUUUGCGGGUGUUCUGCAGUGAGCACGUAAUAACGUCGCACUUCGAACUCUGGGGCGUCCUCUGCGUGGUGGACGCGCUGCGGUGGCAACAGACUCUGAAAAAGGAAAGCAGGACCACGGUUCUUGAUGAUACCCCAGCAAAGAAGAUGAUGAAUUUUGACGUUCCUUGUGACUCUUCCACCUCGCCCUCCGAUUCUUCAUCGCUGCCAGCACGCGGUAUGGAUCAGCUAGCGGUUGCGGACUUGGUCAUUGUGAAUCACUUUGAACAGAAAGGCACCACCUCCGCCUUCAGCGACUUGUUACAAUGGUUUGCGAACAAAUGCAAGAGCGCGAAGUUCAGCAGAAACGGAGAUGAAGUAGAUCAGGGUCGCGUUGUGAAAUGGGCUGCCAAGACGAGGUUGACCGUAGAUGUAUCGGAUUUGGAAGCCUUCCUUGAAAAUAGCGGUUCGUGUGAUGAAGUAGUAGAUUCAAACGCCAAAGAUAACGAAGAUGCAGGACGACGAGCACACUUUGCACCCGCGGAUGACAACAAUCCGUCCGUCUUGCACCUUCGGAAUUGGAGAGCCGCCAACAACAGGAGCACGGUGUCGUCUGGUGCAUGUAAGGACUGCGGGUUAUUCCACUGCGCAGACGUAAAAUGUUUUUCCAGCCAGCUCUUUUCUGGUUCCAUUUUCACGCCGCAACUGUUCAAAAUCAAUAGGGCCGAGCACGACCGCACAUUCCAGACCGGUUGCGUUUUUGGCGACGACUCCACAGUUUUAGACUUUGACAGACACGUUGCAUUGUUACUAGCGCUACUUAGCGAGGGAGACCUGUUCCGCGUGCAGGGCUGGUUGUCGUUUUUAGUGGACGACAGUGAAUCUGCAUCUGCGGCAGGUUUUGGCGCUACUUCCGCGCUAAAGAAUGGACAUGAACCGGAAAUGACACUUACAUCGACAAAGUUGCUCCCUUUGCUUCUACCCGCAACUGUCUUCGUGGAUGCUGUUGGUCCCUAUCCCGGCAGGCUCGAAAUGGCACCGCUGGUGGAGUUGCACGCUGGAAAAAGUAGGGGACUUCAUGGCGGUGCAUGGGAGAGUGCUAGCGAAACACAGAUGGUUUGUACAAACACAAAGUUAUUCUUUUGUGGACGAAGCAGCGGGAGCGAGGAGGAUCUAGAGCGAGAGAUUAAGGCUUGCCUGGCACACAGAUCCACUUUUCCCGAGAAGCAUCUUAACUGGCAAUCAAUGCUUUCAAAGUAAAAAACAUUUUUAAAGAAGAUGCGCCUCUUUCAAAGCAAAUAUAAGAAAGGUGGUCUAAAGAGAUGCGCGCUGUUUUCAGCUCGUUCGCGCCACCGAAGAAGCAACUGCACGACGACAGCCCAGAAGCGAAGGAUUCGAAAUGGAUAUUCCACGGUUUACGUGCAAUUUUUGCGAAUGAAAUCGAGACGAUUUUGCGUCCACUUGUGGCAUCGCAUCUAGAAGAAACGAUAUCGCGGACUCGCAACGACAUUGGAGAAGCUAGGACGACGCUGGGAUUCACGUCGGACCUGGGUCGGGCAAAAGACACGGCUGCUAAGGCUGCGACUGCGCUUCAGAAAACAGUGGCUGCGGAGUUUGCUGAGGCCUGUGGCACGAAGCCGAUUAGGGUACUCUUGCGUCAGAGCAGCACAACAAGGACUGAUCUCAUUUACAACGCUGAGCAGGAUUGUCUCCGAGUAGUGCAAGUCUUCGAAGUGCGAAGGAAUAAGGGAUCUCAUCCUCUUCCAAAUCAUCUAGUUGAUACCACUUCCAAAGAACAAUUAUCGUAUCCUAAACAGUGUGUGGAAAAGGAAACAUCAGCGCACGAAAGAAUGAGAAAACUGAGCGAGAUCGAGCGAGAACUCAUAUUGAAUAAGCAUUGGUUGGUAAGAGGGAGUGGCCUGUGGCUACAUGUCCCUGUUGAAGAAACGAGGUUUUAAGAAUCUACUUCACACUUAGAGGCUAGAACUGCACCUUAGAUCUGAGCGCUAGCCUGUGUUCUCCG